ACAACUUUCAUCCUCUUCUCUACUUUCCUCCCUCUAAGAUGCUUUAAAUACUAAUUUCAAAAAUGCAAGAAUUAGAGAACAUUUCCGUGCAUGUUGCUGAAUAUAUCAAAGAUCGAUUGUACUUCAUCACCUUACGAACACCUAUAAAACCACGAUCAAACUCAAAAUUCCAUUAUUUUUCAAUUGAUGCUGAACUUCAAUAUGAAAGUUUUUAUUCAGAUUUUGGACCUCUGAAUCUUGCAAAACUGUAUCGUUACUCCUGUCGAUUAAACAAAAAGUUGAAAACACAUUCUCUUCAAAAGAAGAAGAUAGUUCACUUUACAACUCAAGAUGCUAAGAAACGAGUAAAUGCUGCAUUUCUAAUUGGUGCAUAUGCUAUAAUUUAUUUGGGAAAAUCAGCUGUUGAAGCCUAUCAACCUCUUGUGGGAAACAAUAGCCCUUUAUUUAUACCAUUCAGGGAUGCUUCGUUUAGCCAGUGUACUUAUAAUUUAACGCUGUCUGAUUGCCUACAUGCUAUUAGCAAGGCUUUGGAAAAUGAAUUUUUGGACCUUGAAACAUUUGAUGUAGAAGAGUAUGAGCAUUAUGAGAAAGUUGAAAAUGGGGACUUGAAUUGGAUUGUUCCAAACAAACUUAUAGCUUUCUGUGGACCCCAUUCUAGAAGUAAAAGUGAAAAUGGUUACCCCCUGCAUUCGCCAGAAUCUUAUUUCCCAUACUUUCGCAAGCAUAAUGUUUCUACAAUCGUAAGAUUAAACAAGAAAGUUUAUGAUGCCCAUCGAUUUAUGAAUCAUGGCUUUGAUCACAAGGACUUAUUUUUUGUUGAUGGAAGUACACCCAGUGAUAAAAUUAUGGAAGACUUCUUAGAAAUUGUGGAAACUGCUAAAGGAGCCGUUGCCGUUCAUUGUAAAGCUGGUUUAGGUAGAACAGGAACACUAAUUGCUUGUUACAUUAUGAAGCAUCAUCAUUUCACUGCAGCUGAAGCCAUAGCAUGGAUACGAAUCUGUCGACCUGGCUCUGUAAUUGGCCACCAGCAACAUUGGCUUGAAGAAAAGCAAGGUUUGCUAUGUUACCAAGGCAACAUAUUUCGUGCAGAUAAAGCAAAUUACAAAAACAAUAACUAUACGUCUCCUAGGAUAACAACUCGCUCAUUUGCUAAGACUAAGGAGGAAAGUAUUUCACACAUUUUGACCAAAGUAGAUCAGAUUCACAUAAAUGAUAGACCACACUAUUCUGAUGGCAUGACUCGAAGUCGAAGAGAAAAGAACUCAAGCUUCCUUUCCAACAAUAACAAUAAUGACAGUAAUAACAACAAUAAUGAAAGAUAUGAUACUGUCACUCAAGGGGAUAAGUUAAAUCGCAUCAAGGCUCUUAGGCGACAACCUCGUUCCCAUACUACCGGUGGUUUAAGUUUGGAUCAUCUGAAACCUCAUCCAAGGUCUUCAUCCCAACCAUUCAAAUCUCUGACAUCAGCUACAUCAUCAUAUCAUUCCACUUAUGUAUCUCCUCUGAAACCACUGAGGUCAUCUGGUUCAUCUUUAACAACUACUUCUGAAAGUUCCGGUAGCCCAUCUUCUCUUACGGCUGUUCGUCGUCCUGCAAAACAAAACAUAACAAAUGCUUCCCCUGCUAAAAGCCCUAAAAAUGAUCACUUGAAAAACGGCACUUUAAGAUGACAAAAGGCCAAAAUGAGGUCUUGCCAUAGGAAGGUGAAAAUACAGAAGCAACUUAGCCGUAGUAAACCACCGAAAAAUUUGACCUCUAUUUUGCAAAAGAGAAGCCAACCUUCUGUGCAAUCAUAUCCUUUUAUUUCAAGUAACCUUCCUUUUCAUAAUUCUGCACGUUCUAUGCGAUUUGUAAAAAGGCAGAUGUUAUUGAAGAACUUUUCCUCAACUGCAGAUUUACUGUCUGCUCUUCCUGUCACACGAUCACAGUGUUGCAAAGUUGAAAAAACAUGUUGUUGCGAAUUAUUAUGGAAAAAACACAUAUCAAAUUAAAUAUUUGAUACAUAUUGAGAUUUGUUAAAUUAUAAUUAUUUGUUGUAAUAAGAAUAUUUGUAUAGCGACAAAUUUUAAUCUUGUCUUUCUGCCCAAAAAUUAUUACUAUUGUACAGUAUAUUUUACAAUCGCUUUUAUAUGUAUUGCAUUUCUCCCUGUGUUUUUUUUUGGUUACCUGUAUUUUUUUACUUUAGCAUUUAAAUGACCUUAUUUUUAUUACAUUAUUGGAUAUUGUUAUUUUUAAUGUUGAAAAUGGAUGUUAUGAACAUUUUAGUGAAUCCGAAACAUUACUUUUAUACUUGUUUUGUGAUAAAAAUAUGUUUACAUUGCAGCAAAAAUAAACAUCUGAAUGUUUUUGGGAAAAAGUAAAACCUCUCUCAAAGGUUAAUUUAAAAUCCCCCCCCCUCCCCCAAGAAAGCAGCUAUCUUUAAAUCUUUAAUGGUGCUCGUUACUUAAAUGUUUAACUGAUUAAUAUGAAAAUGUAGUUUUGAUCGUAACUAUUUAAAUCAAUGUAAAAAUUUGUUAAGAGUUGUAUGGAUACUAUUUAAACUUUUUUUGCAUUUCUGUAUCAGCUUAAUAAAUGCAUUAAAUUAUUCAACUUUAAAGCAAUUUCAUCCAGACGUGCAGGAUACUUGCUCAUAAAAUCCAGUAGUUUGCGACUCUUAUAAUGGUUUCUUUUCCUUAUUCUUGCACCAUCCUUCGCAUGGUAAUCCUAAGGAGUCACAAGUCGGCUAGUGCACAGAACACAUUUUAUGUCAGAAUCAGAGUGUUGUAUAUCCUGUAUAAUAACCCAAUUGUCAAUCGUUUUUGUUUUGAACUUUUGAAUCAUAUUUAUCUUUGAAGCAACAGCUCAUGGUUAAGUGCGGCUUCUCAUGCUGAAUUCUGUCAUUGAUUUAGUAUUUGUUUUAUAUACAUUCAUGUUAUUCUAAAUUUAUAACUUUGUUGUAAUUUAUUUUGGCAACUUAGUUCAAAAUUUAGAACUUUUGUGUUAUUUUAUUUUGUCAAACAUGCAUAUUUGAUGCAUAUUUAAUUAUGCUAUUUGAUUGAAAGGGCUACCUUCAUACCAACUGCAAAUGCUGUGAAAGCAAUGUUCAGUGCUAAUAAGCACGAAACUGCAGUCCUCGGCUGGAAUUGACUGAGUUGGCGUAUAUCAUGUAUUUCUGCCUUAGCCCUGGCUUUGGGCGGUAACUUACUGAAAAUGUUGUUUGGUUCAAGUGUACAACACAAGAUACGCCAAGAGCAAGAAAAUGGGAUAAAAAAAAUGGCAAAAAAAAAAAACACAAAUGUAUUCAAUUAUCUGAAACCAUUACCCCUCCCCCCCUUCUUCCCUGGAAAAACAAU